GCGCGCGCGAGGGGAAGGCGCUCGGGGAGGCGGAGUCUGGCGCUUGGGCCUAGCCGCCUCCCUCAGCCAUGGCGCGCUUCGGCGCGGGCUUCGCCUACGACGACGACGGGGAAAGCCUGGCCGCCGGAGCCGGAACAGCAGGAGCCGGAGCCGGGGGACUGGGAGGCUUCGGCGGGGGCGACCGGCUGGCCCGUCAGCAGGAGCGCCACUACCAGCUCCUCUCCGAGCUGCAGGCCCUCGUCAAGGACCUGCCCAGGUGCGGGGAGAAGCAGCGGAGGCCGCCUCGCCUCGGACCCCCGCCGGCUGGGCAGCGCGCAGGGAAGGGCCCGGGCCGGACAGGGGGACGGCUUUCCUUCCUUGGAUCCCCACACCCGAGGGGCUUGAGGAAGGAAAAGCCCCCCAAUAAAAAAGGGGGAAGAGAGAGGGGGGCAGGAUGCUGCUGGAGAAUAUUGCAUCCUAUUAUUAGUAUUAGUAUUAGUAUUAUUAGUAUUAUCUUCGUCUACCUGUCUGCAGAAACGGGACUGGAGGCAGCCCACGAUUUCAAUAUUUAAAAAACAACCACCACUGAACUGUGAAUUAUUAUUACUAUUUACUUUCAGAUAUAAUAAUUUUUAUCAGUUUUCCAUUACAAUCCAAUAAUAGCCUCAUUAUAACAAUACCAAUUUAUAAUACCGUUACUAAUACCAAUCGAUCAAAUAGUGAAUGGUAUAAUGUAGAUAAGGUGGGCCCCCGCAUGCUAGAAUGGAUGGUUUGAUGGUUUUCUUUAAUUCUGCGUUCCAAAAUCUUACUAAUUUCAAUUACAUUCCGUUCAUAGUUUAUUAUUACUUAUUUCGCUGCUCUGGUAUGCAUCUCCGCCCUUCCGCAGAAACUGCUGGAGGCAUCUCGCAAUUUUAAUGCAAAACUGCAGGUGGUAAUAAUAAUAAUGAUGGCAGUGUACUGUGUUUCUGCCUUCAGAAAUGGCACUCGAGGCAGCUCACAAUGUUAAUCUGAAAAACCGCAAAGCAGCAGACAGUGGUAGUAACAGUAGUAAUAAUAAUUAAUUGCAAUGGUUGGUGUCUCGCCUUUCCGCAGAAACCCCCCUCGAGGCAGCUUACCGUUUUCGUUUUAAAACCACAAAGUGGCAAGUUGGUGGUGGUGGUGUUUCCACCUUGCUGCAGAAACUGUGCAAGGCAAUUCGCUGCUUUAAUACAAAACCAGCAAAUUGUAAUUAUUAGUGUAGUGUAGUGGUUAGAGUAUCAAAAUAGGACACGGGAGACCAAAUCCCUGCACAACCAUCAAACUCAUUGGGGUGACGUAGGACCAGUAACCAACCUCACAGGGUUGUUGUGGGGAUUAACUGGGGAGGAAGCCAUCUUGAGCUCCUUAGGGGAAAGAUGAGGUGUAAAUGCUUAAUAUGCAUUUAUUAUGCAUAUUUAAAUAAUAAUCAAAUAAUAAAUAAUACUUUUGCAGUGUUUCGUGUCUCCACCUUUCUGCAGAAGUGAUACUCAAGGCAGCUCACAAUUCUAACAUAAAAGCACAAAACUGUUAAUUGUUAUUAUUACUACUGCUAUUACAGUUAUUAGCUGCUCGCUACGUAAAAACGCCUCAAAGCAACUUAUAACUGAAGUCAGUUCUGCAGAAAAAGGCCCAGCAAAAUCAUCAUAAGGCCACCAGAGGAUGCAUUCAGGAUUUAACGGGUUUAUCAUUUAUUUCUAUAUUAUAAAAAUAUUAAUUGUGGCAGAUUUGUUGUUAAAAAGUUUGUGGCUGCUGCAGCAACACUCCUAUGGGGAAAGGUGUGAUAUUUGAUGCUUUUUUGUUUAGGCAGGGGAAGCAAAUAAGGCAAAGGAUAGGCGAAGGUGGAUAAAUUUAUGCAUGGGGUGGAGAAAUAAUUUUUUUCUCCUUUUCUCGUGCCAUUAGAGAACCUAAAAACUCAAAAGCCUCAAAUAUUGCAUAGGGGAGCAAAAAAAUUUCUGAUGUUUCCGCUGGAGCUGUUUAUGCUGCUGAAAAGGCAAGUUGCUUUCAGUUUCUAAAUUGAAAAGAGACAAGAAACCUUUACCUCCUCUUUAGCAUAUUUUCAUCAUAAUCUCAGGGACUACCUAAAAGAGCAUGCUGGCUAUGAAAAUAGUUAUGAACUAUUGUUGAGGCAGUCUGGUCCAUCUGGAGAUUAGGGAUGGGUGGUGCUGUGGUCUAAACCACUGAGUCUCUUGGGCUUGCAGAUCAGAAGGGCGGCAGUUCGAAUCCCCGCAACAGAUUAGUUCCCGUUGCUCUGUCCCAGCUCCUGCCAACCUAGCAGUUUGAAAGCACACCGGUGCAAGUAGAUAAGUAGGUACCGCUACGGCGGGAAGCUAAACGGCGUUUCCGUGUGCUCUGGCUUCCAUCACAGUGUCCUGUUGUGUCAGAAGCAGUUUAGUCAUGCUGGCCAUCAGACCUGGAAAGCUGUCUGUGGACAAAUGCCGGCUCCCUCGGCCUGAAAGCGAGAUGAGUGCCACAACCCCAUAGUCAAGUUUGAUUGGACUUAACCAUCAAGGGGUCCUUUAACCUUUACCAUCUGGAAAAAUGGGGGGCUUUGCCGCAGUGCCCCCACCAACCUUGGUCUGCCCUCAGCCAGCCACAAUUGGCCAGCCUUCUUACUUAACAACGAGCCCCGCCUCCUUCAUUAACGGUUGAAUCUGCCUUUCAUUGGCUCUGGCGCCACCUACUGUUGGGCUCCCUGCUUUCUGCCCUACCAGUCCCAGUGGGCACAAGCCACCCUUGUGUUGAGGCAUCUCUACGCCUAAACCAGAGUCAACAGACGUGAUGGGAGUUGGAGCUCAGCAGCCUCUGGAGGACCACAAAUUUCCCACCCUGACACCAACUUCUGAGUGGCACAGGGGUGCCCGAUGUUCCCUUGACUCUGUGCUGUGCUUUCUUGGCAGUUCUUCCCAGCAGAGGCUGUCAUAUACCAUCCUCAGUGACCUGGCCAUGGCGCUCAUUGAUGGGACGGUCUUUGAGAUCGUCCAGGGCCUGCUCGACAUCCAGCACCUGAUGGAAAGAAACCUCUACAACCAGCGGCUCAAGCUCCACAACGAGCACCGAGGUAAGAGGAGCCCGAUCCCUUGAAGGAAUUGGCCAGGCCUUCAUCAAACAGCCUCUCUCCGUCGCCAGUCAGGGGUGGUUAAAAUACAGGAAGCGAUUUUCUCCUCAUCCUCUGAAUGAGUGAGACAAGGGGUGUCUUCCAGCUGAUGAGUACAGGAUCAGGAAGUGGUUGGUGACUGUUCCAAAUUAUUGUGCACGACCAGAGAGAGGCACAUAUGUUCUCCCACACGACACACUUUGCAGAAGAGAAAAAUGGAGCAGUUGGGGAUGUUGUUCAUGUUUGGCAGAGUUCCCGGGGCAGGGGGGAGUGGACUGGUCUUUAGGAGCUUGGAGCAGAGCCUUUCUGCAUCCCCCACAAUACUAAAACAUAAUGUUUUGCUGCUUGUUCCUUCCGCAGUUCUCAAGCAGGAGAUGCUGUAUAAGCACAAAGAAGCCCAGCAAGGCUGCAAGCCUCACAACUUGCCUCUUCUCAAAGCAGCUCAGCAGAGGGAGCUGGAGGUAAGGCCUUCAUGUUCUUGAGAGAGCAGUCUCCCUAUUUGAAGGUUGCCUCUCGUGCUUGUGCAGUGAUUAGCUAGCAGCCGCUUUGGGGCAUUUCCCUCCCUCUGUAGUACACAGCUUGGCUCGUUGGCAAGGGAAGCCCAUUGUGACCACAAUGGCAGGCAGUCCUUCACUGCGAGCUGUGUUGAACUGGCUGGUGUUUCCCCCUCUCGUUCGAUUCUGAGAUGUCUCUCUUUCUCAGCCGGGUUUUCUGCACUUUACACCCCACCCCCAUUUCCACCUUUAACUCAGGCCCUGGAGCAGCGGAUUCAUGAUGAGCAGCAGAUGAUGGACGAGAAGAUUGUCCUGGAACUGGAUCAGAAAGUUGUUGACCAGCAGAACACGCUGGAGAAAGCUGGCGUCUCUGGCUUUUAUAUCACGACAAACCCGCAGGUCUGUGUGUAGAACGGGGUGGGUUUUUCCACAGAUGCUGCCCCAUACCUAGUAUAUAUCUUCAAGGAAUCACUAGCAAUCAUAAAGAAUGUUGGAAGAGAUUGGACAAGGACAUUGAGUCCAUACUGGCUGCCAGAGUACAAUGGAAUAAGCACACAUGAAGUGUACAACUGAGGAUAGAGGAUUGUCAAGCCUCUGCUUAAAGUACCUCCAAAGAAAGGAGACUCCACCACGACUCGCUUGGCAACAGAUUCCACUGUCAAACAGCUCUUACUGUCAGGAAGUUCUUCCUAAAGUUUAGGUGGAAUCUUCUUCUGUAGUUUGGAUCCAUUGCUCGUGUCGCUUCUCUGGAGCAGCAGAAACAACCUUUCUCCUCCUCUAGCUGACAUCCUUUUAUAUGGUUGAACAUGGCUAUCAUAUCACCCUUUGACCUCUCUUCUCCAGGCUAAACUUGCCUAGCUCGCUUAGCAUUCCUCAUAGGCAUCGUUUUCAGGCCUUUGACCAUUUUAGUUGUCUGUUCUCUGUGACAUGUAUCCAGUUUGUCAGUGUCCUUCUUGAACUGUGGUGCCUAGAACUGGACAUAGUACUCUAGGUGAAGUCUGACCAGAGCAGAAUACAGUGGCACUAUUACUUCCCUUGAUCUAGAUGCUAUACUCCUAUUGAUGCAGCCCAGAAUUGCAUUGGCUUUUUUAGCUGCCGCGUCACACUGUUGGCUCAUGUCAAGUUUGUUGACAUGAUAUAGCUGCCUUGCAAAUAAAUCCAUGGCCUACAUGUUUAUGUUAGUUAUUUGACCCCUCAAAGUAGGGGGUGGGACACCUUCCUGGUUGUCUAGAGAUGAUUCCACAAGCAACUAGCCAAGCAGCUACGUAAGAGAGAGACUGCAUUAAGGCUUGGUGCAUUUUGGCUGCUUCCCAACCCAACGGAUAACUUCAUAUUGCACCCUAAUAUUGACCGUUUGGGGGUGGGUGGAAGAAAAGGACUCUUUGUGGUGUAAAAAAACAACAACCAAUUGCUUUCUGUUUACAGGAGCUGACUCUCCAGAUGAAUCUGCUGGAGCUGAUCCGAAAACUGCAGCAAAAGGAAUCGCAAUCUAGAAAGCCUUUCUCUUGAGCAAAGGACAGAAGGGCACAAUAACUGCUUUCCCCCCCCUCUCCCUCUUUUCUAGCCACGAUCCUCUGUGGGAGUAGUGCUGAACGAGAUUACUCAGUGUUUUUAUAUAGAUACAUAAAGGCUGGCACAGCCAGUUCCCUUGCCAGACCUCAGAAGAAAAGAGGCUCAGUAGGGUGGGGGAGGAGAGUUGCCCCCUUUUUUCAGUGUGGGGUGGAAGCAGGGUUGCUGCUGUCUUAACAGCCAAGGAAGCCCCAAAGUUCGGUUUGACUUGUGUUUGUUUGUUUGUUUGUUUGUUUGUUUAUUAUCUAUCUUGUUUUUUAAAAAUAUAUAUAUAUAUGCACACACGACACACACAUAUAGCUGUUGUGGAUUUUCCGUAUAUCUCAAGGUUGAUGUUUUGCAGUGGUGACCAAGGAAUUCUGAGCUUGAAAUAAGGCAGUAAGCAGCAUUAGUUUAGGGGUUUGGGGGUGAUGACGGAGUGGGGAUACUGGACCUGUGGUUCAGAGUGCUUACCAGGGGGUUAAUAGUCUGGCUCUGGGAAGGCCGUCAAGUGUCCACUCCCUCAGCAAGGCUACCUCUCUUUAUUGCAACAGUGGAUUUUUAUUUUUGAGAUUCUUGAAGACAGUGGGUUGGUGUGUCCACCCUGAAGGGGGCUGUCUAUGCUGCCAAUCAAGGUCAGCUUUGCAGGAUAAUUUCUCAGUGUUUGAUUGGGCACCGCUAGAGCAGGGUUUCUUUGACCAUCUCGCCAGGGAAGACUUUCUACAAAUUGGGAACCACCACUGAGAAGGCCCUGUCAGUACCAGUCAGGAAGCACCAACAGCUGGGCCUCCCCUGCUGGUCAUCAAUUGGAGAUGGCUGAUAUUGAGGAAAAUGCUUUUUGUCUUUGACUGGAGGGGUGUUGUAUCUUAAAUGGAGAAAUCAGCUCAGCCAAGUCGCUUCUGCUAUUAGUUUGGGAGUUUUCAAGACCUCUGUUGAGAAUUACAGAUAUUAUAAAGAUUUCCGUAGUAAACAUUUUUUUAGCCAAAGCUCAGGAUGGAAAUAACAAUAAUAAUAAUUUAUUUUUUAUACCCUGCCCAUCUGGCUGGGUUUCCCCAGCCACUCUGGGCGGCUCCCAACAGAAUAUUAAAAACACAGUGAAACGUCAAACAUUAGAAACUUCCCUAAACAGGGCUGCCUUCAGAUGUCUUCUAAAAGUCAGAUACAGU